CGCGGUUAUGAAAUAAAUUUUGUACUGAACUACAAAAGGAAAUUAAAAGAGAAAAUUCAUGACAAAAGGAAUUCAAAUUCAAAUGAAUUUUCGGUGGAUUAAUUUCCCUUAUUUUCUAAUAUUUCAUAUUUAUCACUUUUUGUAUUUAUUAAAGGAUUUUUAAGUAUUUAAAAAUAAUUAAAUUUCAUAGUUCUGAUUUCACAAAUAAAGACCAAUGCUUGUUGAUGCUAUUAUUAGUUUUAUUAGGAUGAUUCUAAAUUUUUUUGGAUCAAGAGAACCAAUAAAAAUGGAAAAUGAUAAAUUAAAAAUUUUUGUGAAAUGUGGCCAUGACACUAUGGUACCUGUGUGUUUAGAAAAUAAUUGGACAGUUCAUGAUUUAAAGACUGCAGUUGCUUCCAAACUUUGUUUAAACAGUGAGGAACUGAGGAUUAUUUUUGCCGGAAAAGAAUUACAUGAUAACGUUAAAUUGCAGGUAUUAUGAUUGUGAUGUUGGCGAGCAAAGCAUAAUUCAUGCAAUUCAGCAAAAGAAAAAACAGCUUGAUAUAUCUGUUGAAGCAAAGUGCCCAUUAAAUCAGACAGCAUUUUGCUCUGAUACUUGUGAAGAAAGUGAAGUUCAAGCAUAUUCAAAGAAAAGUCAUUUUUUUGUCUUUUGUAAUUCUCCUUGCAAUGCUUUGAGCCCUGGAAAAUUACGAGUACGCUGCUCUUUUUGUAAAGAAGGAACCCUUACAGUUGAUCAAGAUCCGACUUGCUGGGAUGAUGUUUUAGUACCUGGUAGAAUCACAGGAUUAUGCCAAGCUGAAGAUUGCGAUGGGACUAUAGCAGAAUUUUAUUUCAAAUGUGCCAAGCAUAUUUCUUCUCCAAAUGAUUCGGCAGUACCCUUAUAUCUCAUUAAAAAUAAUUUUAAAAACAUACCAUGUAUUGCUUGCACUGGUGAAAAUCAACUGGUAUUAGUUUUUCCUUGUGUCGACCAACAUGUGAUAUGUGUAGAAUGUUUCCGUUUGUACUGUAUAACACGUUUAAAUGAAAGAAGGUUUAUUCAAGAUGCAACUAUAGGCUAUUCAAUUGAAUGCCCAGCUGGCUGUCCUGAUUCUUUAAUUAAAGAACCACACCAUUUCAAGCUGCUUGGUGAAGAGCAGUAUUCUAGGUAUCAGCGUUUUGGUGCUGAGGAAUAUCUUCUUCAAGCAGGUGGUGUUCUCUGUCCUCAGCCUGGCUGUAGUGCUGGUCUUUUACCUGAUCCAGAAUGCACACGAGUUGUUUGUGAGCAAUCAGGUGGAGUUGGCUGUGGUUUCGUAUUCUGCAAAUUGUGUAUGCAGGGUUACCAUAUAGGCCCUUGUGAACCUCAGGAUUUAAAUGAGGCAAAUAAUAAGAUAAACUAUUCAAUUAGUGAUGAAAGAGCAUCAAGUUCAAAAUGGGAUGAAGACAGUAAAAAAACAAUAAAAAUCACUACAAAACCAUGUCCCAAAUGUAGAACUCCAACUGAGAGAGCUGGUGGUUGCAUGCAUAUGGUAUGCACUCGCUCACAAUGUGGAUUCCAUUGGUGUUGGGUCUGCCAAGAAGAAUGGACUCGAGACUGUAUGGGGAAUCACUGGUUUGGAUAAAUACCAUAUGAUAUAUCCGUCAUUGCAUUGUACAUCAUUUAAAUGAACUUUUCCUUCAUUUUUAGACGAUUGUUGGAGUUUUAUUGUAAGUUUUUAGUUGCAAAUGUUAUAACCAUAACAUUUUAAUGUGGAAUUGAUUAAAAAUAGAAAAAAAGAGCAGAAUUUUUUAAUUUAUUAUGCCAAAAAUUCACUAGUCGUGUUUUAAGUUGAGCUAUUUAAAUACAUUGUACUGUGAUAUGUUUACUAUUUCCUUUCAAAAAUCAUCUCAUAAUAGUGCUGUGAUAACUAUUUUUGUUGCCAAUCUGAUAUGAAAUAAAAAUGGUUUAGUUUUUGAA